GACCCGUGCCUCCACUGCUGCCAGCUUUCCUAGUCCUCGAGGGACAUUGGGCAACGCCGCUGUCGAGCGAAGUUUUCCAGCUUUUCCGCCUUGCGAGCGGUUGUCGGGGAUAUCUCUGCAUCCCGCGCUGUCUUUCACUCAUUCCCCUCGUUGGCAGAAGCAAAGGUGUAUUGCUACGGAGCCCAGCGCCCCUUGCCCAGCCUUCGCUAACAAUGCAGCUCUCCGACUUGCGGAUGGAGCCCAACAGCCUAGGAUUGUCUUGCAUCUUGAGGUGGCCCUUGGGCUCAGCUUCGGAACCAGGGCGCCAGGUCUUGUGCCUUCCCGUGAUGCAGAGGAGUGGCGGCUUUCUCGCUGCCGUCCCGGCGGCCCUUCUUGCAUCGGCUCAGGAGAACGCUGCUGCAACUCUUCCUUCGGAUGUGGUGGGACCUUUUGUCGUUCUGACGGUGCCUGGAAUAGAAGACGAAGAAGCGGGCGAGGUACCAGCAGGUGUGGACGUGGAUGUUCUGGUGGUGGACAUGGACGAGGCAGUCCUAGCUUCUAUGAGUCUUUACGAUCCGGUGACCGAUCUGGUUUUCGAAAGCUUCCUGCCCGACGCUCCUCACAUCAUGCCCCAGCCAGAGCUGCUGAUAGCUGCCGCAAAGGCCUGGGUCGAAGAGGAGGCCUCAGACCGCCUUGCAUUCUACUCUGCGCAGGAGGAGACCGCCGCGCCUCUAACUGCUUCGCCAAAAAGGCCGCCGCCCAAGAAAAGGAUCACCAUGAGCCAGUUGUCAGAACAGGUGGCCGCAAUAGCUGCCGUCAUUCCAAGCCUUGCAGACCAAAUCAGGUUGGUUGCGGAAAAGCAAGCCGCGGCGACGGCGCUCCCAGUCAGUCCGGCUCCUCUGCCCCCUGCAGGGCUGCAGCAGGAGUUUCCGACUAUCGCGGCGGCUCCCCCAGCGAUGCCCCUGCAACAGAUGGCAAAACAGCUUCCAGCUCCACGGCAAGUGCAUGUUCAGGCGCAGGUACCUUUUGCCUCCCAGGCCCCCGCAGGAUCUUCCUCAGACGGCUCCUCCCUCGCAAAAGCUGUUACUCAACAAGGGGAGGCUUUGGGUCAACUGGUGGCCCACCUUAUUGCUCAGAGCGAGACCUUGGAUCUCUCUGGCAAUUCGACCAGCUUGUCUGCAAAGGGAACGGCCAAGAGGGAGAAGUUGCAGCAGGAGCUGGCAGCAGGCAGCUCCACUUUCUUCCUUCAGGUCGUUCAAUCUGCACACCGCCGCCUCUAUCCUGCGCUGCCCCUCCCGGCCUCUGUGGAGGAGGCACAGGCCUCGGGCCGAGUGUCUUUUGUGAGUUAUCUGGAGAGGACAGGCGGCUACGACCGGUCUCGGGAUCUAGGGCUCAUGAUGAUGAUGUUGGCCGGCAUUGCAGAUGCAUUCCUAAGAGGGGACAACCGUGCCGCCCGCGAGCACACGGCGUUGGCGUUGGCUGCUACCGAGCAAGCAGCCAGCGACGCGGGGCGCUGGGACCUGGCUUUCCUGUUGAGCUUGGGGGAGGACCCGUCGCCGAACGUGUUUGCUCCCAGGCCAGCGAGCGCUGCUGGCAGGAUGAGAGCCUUCAGUCCGCUAGUGUUCGCGAGAUCGAUCUACUUGCGCAGCGUCGCCGGGAUGCGGCCAACCCCUCACGUGCCCUGCCAAGACAAGGCGAGUCUAUUCACGAUAAAGCUUCCCCCUGCAGAGGUGGACGCUCGAAAGAGGCGAGUCUUGCAUAUCUUGGUCAUGGCACUCAACUUUGUGCACCAGGAUUGUGCUUUCGUGCCUCUCAGGCUUUUGCAGUGCCAGCCUAACGGCCCCCAACGCCGAUGUCUGGACUACCUCGAAGCAUUUGUGAGAACCUACGGUAGUGGUCAGGAAGGUGUGGUGCCUUCCUCCACCGGCCGCCGAAUGAAUGUUGUGCAUGCCCGGCUUUGCGAGCUCUCCGAGCUCCUCACCCGUUUGGGAGCCGUUGGGGACUCCUACCGCCACGUUCCGUCGGGCGAGGAUGUUCCCCCUGACACCGCUGAUGAGGCUCUCCAUCCGUACAGGGCCUUGGAUGUCGAUCGCCUUCGCUUGGUCGGCGCUGCUCAGUGGAAUCCUGAGCCUUGGCUCACCGACGAGCUUUGGAUGGCGUAUGCCGAACCGCAAAGCCUGCUGGUUUCAAGGACUCCUGCUGCGGAGGAGUUCGCAGACUGCUCUUUGGAGAACCCUGGCCAGACCCUCAAAUUGGCUCAUUUGUGGGAUAGCCUGGGACUUCUGCUUCUUGUGCCAGCAGACUUGUCUUUGGACAGCUUCGAGUACACUCGAAUUUUCAAUGCACGCAAAAGCUCAGCGCUCGACCGCCAGAUUGGAGACAGGAGAGGGAGGAACUCCGUGGAGGGGAGGAUUCACGGCCCGUCAGGGUCCCUUCCUUGUGGGGAGAGCCUCACCAGCAUCAGCAUUGAUCCUCGAACUACUUCCCUGGCGAUGGGAGUCACUGACAGGCGUGAUUUCUACCACCAGUUGUCGGUUGGGCAUCCGCGGGCUAUUACCAAUCGGCUGUACCCUCCUCUGCCUGUUGAAAGUGUCAAGGAGAUGCGGGCUUUUGCCACUUUUUUGGAGCAGCACCAGGGCCAGAAAGUGCCCUCUUCCUUUCAAGCAUGCUUUAUGUCGGUCUUGCAAGGUGAUCAUUUAGGCGUGGAAUUUGCAACAAGUUCCCACCUCUCUCUCCUUCAGAGCGCUGGGCACCUGUCCUCGACUACAAGAAUCCAGGGCGGAAAGCCUCUUCGUGAAUCGUUGCUGCACGAUGGGCUCAUAAUAGACGAUUUUUUCUGCAUCGCUAAAGUGCCCCGCGCGAUAGGGAACUCGCUUUCCCCCUCCUCGGCCUCUCCUUGCCGCGAGGUCUUGGACCGAGCAUUGGCGACCUACCAUGCUCACGCCAUUCUUGGCUCUCCUGAGAAGGACAGUGUGAACGAGACCGUUGCUAAGAUUGGAGGGGCAGAACUGAACAGUGCUCCUUCCACCCUCGACCGAGGCCUCUGCACUGUCGCCGCUCCCGCUGGAAAACGCUUCGCAUUAGCCGACCUCACCUUGGAAGCUGCUGUUUUGCCUGCCACUAGCGAUGCCCUCCAUUUGUGUCUCCUCGGUGCCUGGUCCUCUGUUCUGUCCUUUAGACGGCCUGCCUUUUGUGUCCUUGACAAAGCUUUCUCAUUGGUCACAGCCGCAAACACCGACCCCAGCAAGCCCAAGACUGUCACGUUGUCCAGGGCGGUAGCACAGGAGCUCGUGUUACUGUCUGCUCUCGCUCCUGUACUUGGGGCUGAUGUCGCGGCCCCAGUCCUUCCUCUUCUGUUUGCAACCGACGCUUCGGAGGAGAAGGGUGCCGCGUGCGUUGCUGAGAUACCGGAAUCCACCAGCCAAUACCUGUGGCAGGCUUCAGACAGGAAGGGGGCCUUUGCGCGCAUGAUCCGUAAGGCCCACAGCCUCAUCCAGCGUGUCGACCCCAUGCAUGAGGAGGUUCCUGGCACUGAGUCCGCAGCAUACAGUGUCAAGAAGCCGCUGGCUUUUGUCUUCGAUUUCCUCGAGCUUUUCUCAGCAAGAGCUGAGGUUACGGCCGAAAUGUCAGCUCGAGGCUGGUCCGUUGGCCCGCCCAUUCACAAAGGACUGUCACCAGCCUAUGAUGCCAAAAACUUGCGCCUCAUUGAGUGGGUUUUCUUCCUGAUUGAAAACGAUCGGGUUCGGGCCAUGUUCCUUUCACUGCCCUCAUUCUCAAGUCACUUGGGGUUUCUCGGGAGUGAGUUCGAGGGGUGUGAGUUUCCUUCCAGGGAUUGGGUUGAACUGUGCCGAGGCCUGGCCAUCUUGCUUAAAGCCAGGCGCUCCCGCGUGUGCAUUGUUGCGGCCUUGCCAGCCCCAGCUGCUGAUAAGCCCUCUGUGCUUCGUCUCUGGAAGCCUCUUGUCUCCCUUGGAGCCAACAGGACCUUGCUUUCUUUGUGCUCUUUCGGUUCGCCAUUUCGGAGGGACACAGUUCUGUUCGGGUUGCGGGUAAGCCUCGAUGCUCUCGCUAGGCCUUGUGAGUGCUGCCGAAAACACUCUCAGGUUCGGGGCCGGCGUGCAAAAAGAGGUCCGACCUAUCCCUGGCUCUUUGCCUACCAGGUCGCUCAAGCCUUCUCGCAAAACCUUUGCCGCAUCAGCCGCGAGGACCGCAGCCAGCACAUUGCCUCGGAGGGCCUCGAACGCAUGGUGCCCACCGACUUAGCUCUUAGCCUUAAAUGGAGCCCCCUGCUUGUUUGGGAAUGGAAGAGUGGUGUCCACAUUAACAUUUUAGAGUCCUCUGCCCUUGUGCGGCUUUACACGUGGGUCGCCCUCACCCACGGCCGGGCCAGGUUCGUAAACUUGUGCGACUCUUUUGUCGCUCAGGCAGCUCUAGGCAAGGGACGGUCAUCAUCCCCCGGCUUAAGACAUGUAACUAGGCGGUCAGGCACGGUGUGCUUGGCAGCAGGUUUGUAUCCAGGCAACAUGUACUGUCCGACCAGGGCGAUGCCGGCUGACCAUCCCACGCGUGAUGCACCAAUGCCUCCUCAGAUAAAAGGCUUCGGCAUUGAGCGUUGGAGCGAGGAGGCCAUACUUAGGGAUGCCGAGAGGCCCAGACUCAGACGAUGGGCCGCCAACUGGUGUCGGCUGACGGGCCUGCUGGCUCCUUCUCUUGUGUUGGGUCCGUGGAGCCUUGACUGCGUCAGGGACGCAGGCCGUUCACCCCACACGUAUGGGUCCCUCCGUGACUUCGACGCCUCUUUGGGUUUUCCUGGCGAGGGGCCGGCUUCCCUUCAAGGUUGUUGGUCUGGAUGUCGUAUUUCUUGGCCCUUCGGUCUCGUUGCUUCGCAUCUCUUCCUCAGUCUGGGCUGUGCGACACAUGCUCACUCGGUUCUGGGCUGCAACUCCCUGGUUCAGGGUCCCAGUUCCCAAGCCAUGUUUGCGCGCCAGCUCUCCGCCACCUAUGAUCGUGUGUCGCGCGCGCGUCCGGGUCUGGGCUGCAACUCCCUGGUUCAGGGCCCCAGCACUCGAUCCAUCCCUGCGCUCCAGCCUUCCAGCUUCAACCACGUGUCUUGGCCUUUUGCCCCGUGUUCCUGCACUUUCAGCAUGUGGCAUUCUCGUUCUGGCCUGGGCUGCAACUCCCUGGUUCAGGGUCCCAGUGCUCGUUCCACCUUUGCCUUGCGUCGGCCUCCUGCACCAAGCUCUUUCACAUCCUCAGCAUUGUGCUCUGCCGCGGGUCUGGGCUGCAACUCCCUGGUUCAGGGCCCCAGCACUCGAUCCAUCCCUGCGCUCCAGCCUUCCAGCUUCAACCACGUGUCUUGGCCUUUUGCCCCGUGUUCCUGCACUUUCAGCAUGUGGCAUUCUCGUUCUGGCCUGGGCUGCAACUCCCUGGUUCAGGGUCCCAGUGCUCGUUCCACCUUUGCCUUGCGUCGGCCUCCUGCACCAAGCUCUUUCACAUCCUCAGCAUUGUGCUCUGCCGCGGGUCUGGGCUGCAACUCCCUGGUUCAGGGCCCCAGCACUCGAUCCAUCCCUGCGCUCCAGCCUUCCAGCUUCAACCACGUGUCUUGGCCUUUUGCCCCGUGUUCCUGCACUUUCAGCAUGUGGCAUUCUCGUUCUGGCCUGGGCUGCAACUCCCUGGUUCAGGGUCCCAGUGCUCGUUCCACCUUUGCCUUGCGUCGGCUUCCUGCGCCAAGCUCUUUCACAUCCUCAGCAUUGCGGUCUGCCGCGGGUCUGGGCUGCAACUCCCUGGUUCAGGGCCCCAGUUCCCGCUCCUCUUUCCAUCUUCAUCCAAUCGUCGCUGACCGAAGAAAGGCCCGGGCAAAGGCCCCUCUACUGGAUGGACGUCCUGUUCAGGCCCUCACCCGUGACAGGAGGAGCAAGCUGAAGGCCAGCUGGAUCGACUGGCUUGCAGAGGAAGGCUGUUGUUGGGACGAUGUGGGCCGUUGGGCUCAGAGCAACGUUGGCAGACUGAAUGAAGCUUUGGCAAGAUACGGCAGAUGGCUCUAUGAGGAUGGUUGGCCGUAUUAUUGGUUCUCCGAGACUAUAAACAUGGUCUCCUCAGAGUUCCCAAUAGUCCGGCGAUCGCUGCAGCAGGCAUGGGAUCUUGCACUGGCUUGGCAAAGGGAAGAGCCUCCCACUCAUCACUCCGCGCUCCCGUGGCAGGUGCUUGCAGCGGUGUUGUCAGUGGCGAUCACAUGGGGCUGGACCCGCGUCGCAGGGGUGAUUGCUUUGGCCUGGGGAGGUUUAGCGAGGAUAGGUGAGGUGCUCGCAGCAAAGCGAAAACAUUUGGUCCUUCCAGAGGACGCUGGAGACGAUGGGAAGGCCGUCUACCUGUCCGUGAUGGAACCAAAAACUAGGUUUCGAGCUGCCAGGCAUCAAUGCCUAAAAGUGGACCAGCCGCAACUUGUGCGAAUGAUAUGCCUUGCUUUCGGAGGUCUGGGGCCAGAAGAAAAACUUUGGUUAAUGUCGCCAUCAACCAUGCGAGCUCGUUUCGACAAGCUUUUGACGGCCCUGAAGUUGACUCGAAGUUUGGUGCCAGGCGUGAAGGACUUCGAUCUAGGUUCGCUUCGUGCUGGCGGGGCUACCUGGAUGAUGCAGGUGACAGAAUCACCAGACCUAGUCAGAAGGCGAGGACGUUGGAUCUCCAACCGGGUCAUGGAGAUCUACGUGCAGGAAAUAAGUGCGUUGAUGUACCUGCCGAGGCGUGGUCAUGCCAUGAGAGGCGGGGUGACGUUUCGACUAAUGGAGAAGCUUCGACUGAUGGUGAAGAUACGCUACAAGGACGUUUGGUUCGUGCAUCCCAAGAAGCAUCUAGCUUCGGUGGUGGUGUUGAAACUCCAGCGUCCGGAGACAGUGAGCUUCAAAUAUCGCGGUGCCAGCACUGAUCGCGUGAGCAUGGAUUUCUCUGCAGGAGGGCGGACUCUUAGAGACAUCGCUGUGACUGCAGCUGGUUUCAAUGCUGCGCCUUCCGAGCUGAACGCGAGGUUUGCUGAGCAGUCUGCUGAAAGUGGGCAGUUACUUCUCCUGGGCCUUGCGAGGGCCGAAUGCCGGGGCCCAGAAGGGUACAACCGCUUGGACGAUGUUCCUGAGCGUCUCAAGCGGCACCUGGACGUUGACGCGCUUGAGAGGGAAGUUGCGACGGAGCCGCUGUUAAUGUUUGCAAAGGAUGACUGGAAACCGACGUUGCCGAGCUCAAGAGAACUUGUCUGCUUUUCAACCUGGCAGCUGCGAAUCAUUUUCCGCUGCGGUGCAGAUUCCGUUGCCAUUGUGGAAGUGUUGGUUUGGAAACGUCAAAACGCCGAAGAACCAGCAGAGAGUCUGCUUUCUGCCGAUUCGGACAUGGAGGGCCGCACGCUCGCUGCAUUCCGGCCGGAAGGCUCCAAGGCCGUGGUGACUUUUGACCGUGUGAAGGCAUUCUACAUCCUGGGUUUGGUUGGCUUCCACCAGCAGCUGCUGAAUGCCCCGAACCAUCGCGUGCAGUUGUCCCACUACGUGCCGUACCAGACUGUGGACCAUGGUGUGGAACUGAUGAUGGGAAUGAUGCUCAUCUCUGGCUGGCUGUCCUCAGCCACGUGGAAGGAUGCCAGCUGGGGGGACCACAUGCGCAAGAAGGUGGCGCGCCUCAUCCCGCCGUACAUUGUGGCAGUCUUCUUCACAGCCCUGCCAUUGGCCUUGCAGUGCACGAGCUGGCGGUGCGUGGUGCAGUAUGGCCUCGAGAUUCUGACCAUCGGCGGCUGGAACCCGCUGCUCUCGUGGUGGACCAUGAACCGCCCACUCUGGUUCCUGUCGACGCUGUUGACGUACCACUAUGUGUCCCCGUUUUUUUUGAGAUGGAUGCGGAGGAGGAGUGUUGGACAGCUUCUUGUGACUUGGAUUAGAAGCAUACAGUCCCUAAACUCUGUACGGCGAAUCGGAUGGAUAAGCAAUGCUCUCUAG